AUUAAGAAAGUUAGCCUGAGUUUUGUGAAGAACCAGAGAAGAGAAACUAAGGACAGUAGACAAAGUUUUUCCAGUUUGCACAAUGUUUUCUUCAUGGAUACUUUCUUAUAACAUGUUUAUGUGAUGUGAGAAUUUUUGUUUUUCGGAAGUAACAUGGAUUUUAUACCACCGAAUCAAGGAAAUUGCCUUUAUAGGAAAAAUUGAUUUAUAGAAAUUGGUGCAGGUUUGUAAGAUAACCAUGACAACAUCCCAUAUGAAUGGGCAUGUCACGGAGGAAUCAGACAGCGAAGUAAAAAAUGUUGGUCUUGCAUCACCAGAGGAACACCAGAAGCACCGAGAGAUGGCUGUGGACUGCCCUGGGGAUUUGGGCACCAGAAUGAUGCCGGUCCGGCGAAGUGCACAGCUGGAGCGUAUUCGGCAGCAACAGGAAGACAUGAGACGUAGGCGAGAGGAAGAAGGGAAAAAACAAGAACUUGACCUUAAUUCUUCCAUGAGACUUAAGAAACUAGCUCAGAUUCCUCCAAAGACUGGAAUAGAUAACCCUAUAUUUGAUACAGAGGAAGGAAUUAUCUUAGAAAGUCCUCAUUAUGCUGUGAAAAUAUUAGAAGUGGAAGACUUGUUUUCUUCACUUAAACAUAUCCAGCACACUUUGGUAGAUUCUCAGAGCCAGGAAGAUAUUUCUCUGCUUUUACAACUCUUACAAAAUAAAGAUUUCCAGAAUGCAUUUAAGAUCCACAACGCUGUCACCGUACACAUGAACAAGGCCAGCCCUCCGUUUCCUCUUCUCGCCAAUGCACAAGAUCUUGCACAGGAGGUACAAACUGUUUUGAAACCAGUUCAACAGAAGGAAGGACAAGAAUUAACGGCUUUGUUGAAUGCUCCACAUGUUCAGGCGCUUUUGUUGGCCCACGAUAAGGUUGCUGAGCAGGAGAUGCAGCUGGAGCCCAUUGCAGAGGACAGAGUUUAUGAAAGCAUCGGCCAGUAUGGAGGAGAGACUGUCAAGAUAGUGCGGAUAGAAAAGGCUCGUGAUAUUCCCUUGGGUGCUACAGUUCGCAACGAAAUGGAGUCUGUGAUCAUUAGCCGGAUAGUUAAAGGUGGUGCUGCAGAGAAGAGUGGUCUGUUACAUGAAGGAGAUGAAGUUCUGGAGAUUAAUGGCAUUGAAAUUCGUGGGAAAGAUGUCAAUGAAGUUUUUGACAUAUUGUCUGAUAUGCAUGGUACUUUGACGUUUGUUCUGAUUCCCAGUCAGCACAUCAAACCUCCUCCUGCCAAGGAAACUGUGAUCCAUGUGAAAGCUCAUUUUGACUAUGACCCCUCAGAUGACCCUUAUGUUCCAUGUCGAGAAUUAGGUCUGUCUUUUCAAAAAGGGGAUAUCCUUCAUGUGAUCAGUCAAGAAGACCCAAACUGGUGGCAAGCCUACAGAGAGGGGGAUGAAGAGAACCAGCCUUUAGCUGGACUUGUUCCAGGAAAAAGCUUUCAACAACAAAGGGAAGCCAUGAAGCAAACCAUAGAAGAAGAUAAAGAGCCAGAAAAAUCAGGAAAGCUAUGGUGUGCAAAGAAAAAUAAAAAGAAAAGGAAAAAGGUCUUAUAUAAUGCCAAUAAAAAUGAUGAUUAUGACAAUGAGGAAAUCUUAACUUAUGAGGAAAUGUCACUUUAUCACCAACCAGCAAAUAGGAAAAGACCUAUCAUUUUAAUUGGCCCGCACAACUGUGGCCAGAAUGAAUUGCGUCAGAGGCUCAUGAACAAAGAAAAGGACCGCUUUGCAUCUGCAGUUCCUCAUACAACUCGGAGUAGGCGAGACCAUGAAGUAGCUGGUAGAGAUUAUCACUUUGUUUCACGGCAAGCAUUUGAGGCAGACAUAGCAGCUGGAAAGUUCAUUGAGCAUGGUGAAUUUGAGAAAAAUUUGUAUGGAACCAGCAUAGAUUCUGUACGGCAAGUAAUCAACUCUGGGAAAAUAUGUCUUUUAAGUCUUCGUACACAGUCGUUGAAGACCCUCCGAAAUUCAGAUUUAAAACCAUAUAUUAUCUUCAUUGCACCUCCUUCACAAGAAAGACUUCGAGCAUUAUUGGCCAAAGAGGGCAGGAACCCAAAGCCUGAAGAGCUGAGAGAAAUCAUUGAGAAGACAAGAGAGAUGGAGCAGAACAAUGGCCACUACUUUGACACAGCGAUCGUCAAUUCGGACCUGGACAAAGCCUAUCAGGAACUGCUUAGGUUAAUCAACAAACUUGAUACUGAACCUCAGUGGGUGCCAUCCACUUGGCUGAGGUGAAGGAACAUUACUCUGUGACAAAACUGGAUUUGAUCUGGCAAACUGUCAGUAGGAAGACAGGCUGAGACUUCAGCAGGACUGAAGAUGAGGUGGGAGGAGGCAGUAUAAGCUAUAGACCUGGUGUUAAUCGUUUAAACUAGUCAAAAGAAAGUCCCCUUGGCAGUUUGUACACAGCCUUCUUUUGUCUCCAUAAAUGGCUUUGAAGGUUCUUGCCUCAUUUUGUGAUUCUAAGAGGAUGCUUUCAACAGAACAGUUCUUUUAUUCUAUUAAAAGUUUUUGUUUCCAUCUAACAAAAUAUUUUCUGCUUGACCAUAUUUCUAUGAAAAACUUGUGUUUGUGUACAGAAACAUGUCUCACACUUACAAAUAUUGGAGUUAUUUAACAUUUAAACAACUUCAUGGGGAUAUUUUGAAGGGACUGUGCUUGUAUGCACUGGGCAAAGACAGUAUUGGCUUAGGAGACUAGUUUUGUCAUCAGAAGUACUUUCCUGAAGAAGAAACAAAACGGUGCCUUUGGUUUGGAGCUAAUUUGUUAGCCUUGAAUUCAUUUGCAUUGUCUUUUAACUGACAAAAAACAAAAAAGCAUUCCGUUAGAAGCACCAGCAUUUUAUAGCUCAAGCUUAGUGGAUUAGACUGCAUAAGCAAUAGAUUAUAAUAGACUGUAAUGUAGUUAAAAGCAUAUCAAUUAUGCUGAUCUUUUCUAAUUUGAUUUUUUUCCUUAAAUUAUUAUGGUGAUUUUAUAGCCUCACUUCUGUUCUUUGAUUUGCAUAGUACAAUAGACUAUUGCAUUUUUAUGAAUGGCAAUACAUUCACAUGAACUGUGUUGACUGUUAAGUUUCUUCUUCAUGAUGGUAAAGUUUUUAUAUACAUGGGAAGACAGCACAUUCGACAGUUUUUGUGUUUUUUAUACAUGAGUAUCAUGUGAGUCUAUGGCUAUACUAAGUAACAAACUGGAAUUAUGUUGAUGAAUAUAGCUGCUGUACUGUAUACUAAUAUUUAAUAGAUAAAUGGUCAUUGAUAACACAUGUUCAGCAUUGGAAUAAAAUGUUAUAUGUAUCUUUAAAGAUCUUUAAGACUGUGACAGCUGACUUUGAGAUCAGAAGGAAAGGUCGACCUGAAAGUCACUUGAAUAUUUUAGGAAAAUAUUGCGGGGGACGGGGGACAGGUCUCCAACACAUAGAAGUGGGUUUUUAACCCAAGGUGGUGUGCCUGUGAUGACCAGGAUGGAGCAACUGCUACAUCAUAAAAGCAAUGCUUCACCUAAUGGGACUUUUGUACUCUCUGUAUCUCUGCAUGAAAACUGGCAUGGAAAGUUAACUUUGAGUCUUUUCAGGCCUCUAAGGAUAGUGUGAUGUGUGAUAAACCUCAAAUGUGAAUGUCUUGGAUUUUACUUUUAGAAUUUUAGCUACAGCAUUUCCUGUUCCCAGAGCUAAACACUGGAGUAUACGGACUUGUCGCUUAUUGUAACAUAUGCUGUUGUUUUUAAUGAGUACUUUGUUGCAGUGUGAUGUUUCUGUAUUUUUUUCUCUUCCAUGCUAUUUGAACAAAUGUAAGCAGUUUUUGUGUUGCCCUUUAUUGUUCACCUCUGCAUAGCUUCCUAAGUUGGCUAAGGAAAUAAGUCUUAUUUGAAAUAUUUUCAAGAUGUUCCUUAAGAAGAAAGUAAUGUAGGUUGAAGCAAAUACC